GGCGUCACUGACGUGCGACGGGCCGCCGCCGCGGGCCGGAUCGGGGCUGACGGGAUGCGCGGCUAGCGGGAACGCGCCGCCCUGAAGCCGGAAACUAUGUGAAGCAACACUUUCUGGACUUGAGAAGACAUCUUUUCAUCAUGGGACAGCAAAUUUCGGAUCAGACACAGUUGGUUAUUAACAAGUUACCAGAAAAAGUAGCAAAACACGUCACGCUGGUUAAAGAGAGUGGCUCCUUAACUUACGAAGAAUUUCUUGGGAGAGUAGCUGAACUUAAUGAUGUAACUGCUAAAGUAGCUUCUGGCCAAGAAAAACAUCUUCUGUUUGAGGUACAACCUGGGUCUGAUUCUUCUGCCUUUUGGAAAGUGGCUGUACGGGUGGUCUGCACCAAGAUCAACAAAAGCAGUGGCAUUGUGGAAGUAUCCCGAAUCAUGAAUCUGUACCAGUUUCUCCAGCUGUAUAGAGAUAUCACGAGUCAGGCAGCAGGAGUUCUGAAGGCACAGAGCUCUGAAGGUGCUGGUGAAGAUCCUUCGUCCGUGACAUCUUGUCAGGCUAGUGUUUGGAUGGGAAGGGUGAAGCAGCUGACUGACGAGGAGGAGUGCUGCAUCUGCAUGGACGGCCGGGCCGACCUUAUCCUGCCUUGCGCCCACAGCUUUUGUCAGAAAUGCAUCGAUAAGUGGAGUGAUCGACACAGGAAUUGCCCUAUUUGCCGCCUGCAGAUGAGUGGGGCUAACGAGUCUUGGGUGGUAUCAGAUGUGCCCACUGAAGACGAUAUGGCCAGUUAUAUUCUGAACAUGGCUGAUGAGGCGGGCCAGCCCCAUAGGCCGUGACCUGGGGGAAGGCGUCCUGCUGCUGCUGUGAGCUCCGAUGGUCAUGAGAAGAAUGAAGGACUGCUGUGGGACACACAGCAGAGGACCAGUUUACCCUCCCCUCUUACUGUUUGCUAUGCUGAUAAUUUAUCGUAUUUCUUUUGAUAAACUUUUCCUGUCUUCCAUUUACGGUAAGCUAAAAUUUCCUACUGUUCUAGACUAUAUUUUCCUAUUAUUUAUCCGUUCUAAUCAUAUACGAACUAAUUGCUCUUGAAUCCUUGGCUGAAGUAUGACGUAACAGCAGUGAUUCCAGAGGCUUCUGAAAACACUAUUUUUCAGAGCACGAGUAUUUUUGAAUCUUGUAGUUAGGUUUAAAAUAAACCUUGAAUGUGAGAAAAUUGUAACUGAUAAAAUUUUUAAAUGGCUUAAAAUGUACAAUACAUCCAAGUGCGUGGUACUACUACUUAGUCUUUCUGCUGGAAUCUGAGGAGUAUGAUGCCCCCUUGUGGUUGACCAUUGCUCCUUUAAUCAUUUUUACUUGAACUGAUCCAGUUAUCUCAUAACUUUAGCAGUGUGUUUUGGAACUACCUAUUUCUUCCUUAAAGCAUUUCUUCUCCUGUGCUGUCGAAUUUGCCCAAGGACUAUAAAGUCGGGCAUAACUUCGGCUUUGAAUUAGGGUCCUGCUGGGGCAUCUUCUUCACUGUUCUGGAAGUCCUGUUCCAGAGCUGGGACAGAGCUGUCCCAGAGCCAAGUAGCUUUUGACUAGUGCUUAUGUAUUUCAGUGUCAGAAGGAUCGCUUUCUCCGACACAGAUUACAACGUGUGCAUCUCCAGGUCCUGGUAAACCAUUCUGCAUUGCUUUAUGGUGCUUCUAUGGUCUUCAGGGAGUCUGCAGUGUCAGAGUCUUCCUAUUUCUGAGACUAAGGGAAGGGAAGUAAGGCAUGCACUCAGCCAUAUGUGCAUGUAUACAGAAAAGAGGGGCUAAUUCUGCUUUCUUACUGUUUUGGAAAUGUUCUUGAAAGAAUGUAGUCAUAAUAGAAUCAUGAUAUCCAAUAGCACUUCAACUAUUUUUUUUUUUUUGGCUUAUUAAGUAAACUUUUUAUUUCCUGUUAAACAUUACCAUUUCAAUAAAAAGUAGGGCCUGACACACCCUUGAAAAAUGAUGCUAACAUAAAAAAUCAUGCAGCAUUCCAUGUAACUUAUCUGAACUAUCAUUGCUAAAGUUACAAGCAUUUUUCCCUAAGUACCAAAGUACACAAUUAAGUUGCUUCUUAUUUAUUGAUGACAAAUUUUUGUAUUCUAGAAUUGUAAUAGAUAUGCAAAUGAAAGCUAACGCAUUACCAGGGAAAAUAUCUGACCAAAGCUAGCUUGAUUCUCCCUCAAAGGUACUGGUAACUAACUGGUUGACAGUUAUGAUGGGAGCAGCUCAGUACCAAGUGUCUGGGUAUUUAUGCAAGCAGAGUGCUGAGCGUUCUCAGCCUCCUGGCAGUGUGCUUGCUGAUUUUCACCUGGAGAAUGUCCCUUCUUCUGAUGGGUACUUUCCACUAGAGACUAAGACUUUAUUCUAUGGUAUACACAUUUUAUUUUAGCAGUAGACUCUUUUUUUUUUUCCCCAAGCAAAAGCUUAGACUUCCUACACACACACACACACACACACACACACACACCCUACCCUACCCUACCCUACCCUACUGUGUGUCACAUUUUGUUAGUAUCAGUUUCUUUACAUAAACUUCAUCUAUCAUAACUAAAUAUAAAAGCAGCCAGUGAAAGCAUGCAUUAAUGCAAUCAUAAUGUCAAGUAUUUCACAAUUUAGUUGCAUAGUUGUGUGGUGGGAGUUGUUUGUAAGGUUUUUUGUUUGCUUGUUUAAGAAAAAAUAUAAUUAAAUUCAAAUUUGCAGAACCUUUAACCUCCUCUAUAAAUUCUUAAUAGUCCAUUGAAUAUAUUUGAAAAUCUUAAGAUAGGGAGUUGGGCGGUAGUGCAUCAGGUUAAGUGCACAUGGUGCAAAGCGCAAGGACUGGAGUAAGGAUGCCGGUUCGAGCCCCCGGCUCCCCACCUGCAGGGGAGUCGCUUCACAGGCGGUGUAGCAGGUCUGCAGGUGUCUGUCUUUCUCUCCUCCUCUCUGUCUUCCCCUUCUCUCUCCAUUUCUCUCUGUCCUAUCCAACUACAACGACAACAAUAAUAACCAUAACAACAGUAAAAAACAAGGGCAACAAAAGGGAAAAUAAAUAUAAAAUAUAUAAAUUUAUGAAAAGAAAAGAAAAUCUUUAGACGACCCUUCUUAGAUUUUUCCCAACUCUGAGAUUUUAAAUUGUAAUUAAGAAUGGCUACUACUUCUGAAAUAAACAAAGUCACUUUAUAGACUUUUGGAUCUUUCCAGGUAAUAUCAGUGUUUUUGUUUUUUGUUUUUUUCCCAAAUCAUUUCCUUGGAGGAAUAACGGUUUACAGGACAGCUGUCGAUGCCCGAGUGCAUGCACUUAGCUCCCUGUGCUGUGUCUGCACUCCGGCCCCACCAGCAGCCUGUCGCCGCCACUGCCCUGUGCCAGGUGCCCAAGGCCCUCUUGCCCCUCGCUCUUGCCCUACCAGCUCCCCUAGCCCAGUCCUUUGCUUGGCUGCAGUACACCUGACCCCGUCCAAAUCUCACGCUGUGUUUCCCUUCUCUUAGCUUGCUCCUUAAAUACCACCUGCCCACCACCCUGAGAGAGGCCAUCCAGCACUGGUCCUCCUUGUAGUAAUGCCAAGGAUUUCAUCCCCUAGACGCCUUUGUCCUUUAAGGGUGUGUUUAACAGCGACGGAUUGUCCAUACCUUUUACUUUCCGGUAUGGCUUCCAAGACAUUUACUGAACUACUGUGAAACAAAAUGUCUUCAUUACCCUCACCAGAUAAAUGAGCACAGAUUUUUUUUUGCUUACUCCAUUAAGCUGGGUGAUAGUUCUUUUGAUACGAUUGUUAGGUAGAUUCCACUGUCAUAACUAAAUAUAAAGUUGUAAAGUUGUUUAACGGAUAAAAUGUAUACUUUUGUGUAUUCUGUACAGCCCUGUCUUUUCUUAAACAUGAAAUACUUCAGUACACUUAGAAAGAUAGGAAAUAUGUGUGCCUUCUAGGAUUCAAGGAAUGGUGUCAUGAACUCUAGGAAUUUAUUGUGUAAGUUAUAACACUUUUCCCUAUCCUAAUUCAAUAACAAAGGGUUUACUUGUAUUAUAAUGCUCUAGGACUUCAGUUUGAAAAAGAAGAUUUGACUAUGUACUGAAUUUAAAUCUUGAGGAUAAUAAUGUCUGUUUUAUUCUUAGGACAAGCUGAUAUAUUGUGCAAUAAAUAAUCUCUAGUGAGCACAUUUUACCUAAUUGAGGAAAUGUUUUCUUACCGUGUAUCUCACCAGUCUUAUGACUAAAUGUUUAUAUUCCUUAGAGGACUGUUUCAUUUUGUGUUCUUGGCAGGGUUGGGACAUUUGUGUGCUGUAUUUUAAGAUUCAUGUCGAAUUGGACUCAUUUUCUUAUGCCUAAUAUGUAUCUAAAAUAAUAAGGCUGAUUGAAAAUAAUUGAAUUUUAACAUAAGAGGUUGGAUUCAUUAAAAGGUUGUUCAAAGAA